UAGCGUCGUACAUUCAUCACGAUUGUUCUCAUCUAAGAAGAUGUUCUAGAAGAUGCUACAUCACAAAAAAAUUUCUACCGUUUGGAAAAUGCUUACUGCACUUUUUGCUUUUGCGCUUGUGACAACAUAUGUUACAGCAGAAAUACCUUUCUACAUUCAUCCAUGUGGCCUCAAAGAUCCUAAUUAUGAUCAAUGCAUUGUGGACAAUACUUACAGUACGAUAGAUACGAUGUGUACAAAAAAUUACGAUGUUAAUGUUUUGAACAACCAAGCAAUACUUAUGGACAAAAUAGUUAUUUAUGAUACAAAUAAUCUUAAAUUAUAUCUCAAAGAUAUAAAAAUACUUGGAGUUUGUGAUAAUUUGAAUAUAAAAUAUAUACACGUAGAUCCUGACAGACUCCACUAUGAUGCUGAAAUUGUACUUGGAAAAUUGAGAAUAAAUGCUUUGUAUGAUUUUGACAUACGUGUGCUGGUGCCUCUUGCUAAUAAGGGACUGGUUACCAUAAAACUAAUAAAUGAUACAUUAUUGAAAGUAAAUCUGGAUCUAAAAGUGGCAACUAAGAAUGAGAAAAAAGAGAUAUACGCUUCAAAAGUAAAGACAAAUAUUAAUAUCACAGGAAUGGAAUAUGUAUUUGAUGAAAGUGAAAAAGAAUUAGUUCAACUGCAUCAAGCUAUCAAAAGUGUCGUAGACAGUAAUACUGAAGAUAUUAUUAAUACUGUUAAAGCAGCAAUAGAAGAGAAACUCUCUCAAAUAAUUAUCUACGUAUUUAAUACUAUUAGCCAUUCUAGUUAUGAGAAACUAUUUAGCGAGAAUGCAUAAAUUGUCUGGUACUUUGGGAUUCGUUAUUGUAAGAUUUCUUACAUAUUAAAAUUGUACUAAAAAAUAGCUGAAAUUAUGUAGAAAUCUUGUUACAAUACUCUGAAAAUCGGUGGCGUGAAAUUUAGUUUAGGCAAGUGAUGAUAACAUUAUUAUUAUUUAUAUAGAUUGUA